AUGUCAAACUCGGCAACACCAACAAAUUCAACAAGUGAAAAUAAUACUCCUCAACAAACAACUCCUCAUCGUAGUCCUCUUAGUAACCAAAGUCGCCACAGUAGUUUACCAAGUAGCCCACGCCAACAAAGCUCGUAUCACGGAAAUGAAGUUAACAAAUUUGAAUCAGAACAAAAUUCGCCCCUUUCAGAACUUGUAGACACCGAUUCAGCCAGUGACAAUGAAAUAGUUCGCCGUAAACGUGUAAAACGUCAUGGCGUAGAAUCACCUGUUCAUGAUAGUUCUCGUACUAGAUCUUUAAGAAGUUCGUCAACUACACCAACUGCACUAUCACCUAAAAAUCAAGGCACAAUUUCCGAGCUUUUUUUAGAGAAGCACUUGACCAAAAAAAGUCCAUGGGAAAUUACCGACGAAGAUACAAAAAAGGAUAACUCCGGUAACGAAGAUAUAGAUUUAUUUGGAGGUGUAGUUAGUGACGAAGAUGAGCAAUUCGAACACUUGCAUAAAGACACACCGAUAUCAGAUGAUGAAGGAUAUACACGGCCUAGAUCUUUUAAUACUGGAAAUUAUGAGUUAGUCUACGCAAAACCUCCGGGGAGCUGUGAUGGAAAGUAUUAUAUAGCAAAAUUGCCAAAUUUUUUUACUUACUGCACCCAAGCAUAUGCACCUGAAAGCUAUACGGAAGAAGAUGAUUACAAGCAUGGAAAUACAAUUAGAUUAGGUGCAGAAAACACGAUAAGAUGGCGAUAUAAAAGGAACGAAAUGGGCGAAGAGCAGCAUACGUUUCUUGGAGUCACAAAUGUCCACAGUAAUUCGAUUGAAAAUCAUGCAAGGUUGACAAAUCAGGUUACUUUCCGUCCUGAUCCCAACAGCCGAACACACAAAAGAUUGAGCGCUGCCAUUCAGGCUAGAAAUGUUAAACAAGUCAAGACUAAAUUUGUUGAUAUAAAUGAUCCGAAAUUAAUUGAAUUACAACUUCAAAGUGAAAGAGAAAAAAAACCACGCACCGAAAAACGUUUAAAUUCAGCCUCAAAAUCAAGGUCUCGUAAAAGCUAUGACGAAUAUUCAGAUCCAGAUGAACCAAGCUACAUGUCAUAUAGAAGGAAUGAUUCAUACGAGGAUGAUACUGGUUUUGUGGUUGCGGAUGAGAAUGAUUCCGAUGACGAAUAUAACCGCCCAGAAAAAAGACGCAAAGGAAAAGAACGAGCUACCGAAAGUCGUAGAAAAAGAGACUUAACUCCUGUUGAGAGUUCGUCAAGGUUACGAAAACGUCAUCAUGAAGAGAGCAAAGAAGAAAACUUGGAUGAAUAUGAAGAUAAUGGCCAAGACGAACACCUUGAAGAGGUGGAUGGUGACAUAACACCUGAAAUGCUCCCAAAGCGCGUAAAAGACGAUGUUGAAGAACCCGAUGCCGAUAUUGAUAUGGACGAAAGUCUUUUACAUGAUCACGACGAAGAGGAAGAAGAAGAUAUGCCUGUUGUUAAGAAGGGAAGAAGAAGCAAUAGGAUGAUUAUGGAGGAUGACUAA